AUGUCGUGGAGAAAGCUCUACCUUCCCCCGAUAUCUCGCCGCGGCCGGGACUCGAUGCUUUUCAAGACGCCCGCGCUAUCGUACGGCUUACACAAUGCUCGGUAUGUUCGUUACCUCUGCGAUCCCCUAGGACCUUACCCUGCGGCAACUCGCUCUGCCACAAAUGCAUGCCCGAAUGCUACGUUCGCCAAAACAUCUCGUACCCCAGCACCGCCGGUCGACGGGAAGGAUUUUCGUGCCCCUUUCCGGAUUGCGGGAAGGAACAUUCUGCUGCCGACUGUAAUUUGGAUGUUACCCUGGCAAAGGUGAUGGAGAUUGUGGAUAAGGAGCUGGGAUCGCAGACGCGGUUUACGGAGGACACGGCGUUGGAAGUGGUUGUGACUGUUGGCUGCGCGGGAGGUUAUGAAGAGCGGAGGAGGCGGAUGUAUGGGGGGCGGUUGGCUGCUAUAUAUUGCCUUUCAAAGCAGGCGGAAUUAUACCAUGACGAGGAUGUGACAUGCACUCCUCUGUUGGGCGACAAUUUUGGCCCUUCCUACCUGGACUACGACGCUCUGGAGAGAUUGAUGGACAAGGCUCGGACGGAUUUGGAGUGUCAGGUUUGUUAUGGAAUGCUUUUGGAUCCCGUCACGACUUAUUGUGGCCACACUUUCUGCCGGGGAUGCCUGGAGCGGGUUCUGGACCAUUCUCGACACUGCCCCUCCUGUCGACGGUUGAUGCACCUUCCAUCCGUACUACCGGCACAGUCUAGCAAUAAGAGACUAACGGAAUUACUGGUGGGGCUAUGUCCGGAGGCUCUUUCCCAACGGGCCUUGGCUGGGGCUAUCGAGUCGAUGGCUGGGAGUGGUGAUGGCGGGCUGUUGACCCCGAUAUUUGUCUGUACGGCCUCUUAUCCUGGGAUGCCUACGCCUCUACAUAUUUUUGAGCCUCGCUAUAGACUCAUGGUGCGACGGGCUUGCGAGAGUGGUACUAGGAAAUUCGGGAUGCUGCUGCCGAAUCGUACGGGUGCACCGCAGGGCGAUCUCGGUGUCACGCCCUUCAUGCAGUAUGGGACUAUGCUGCAAAUCGAGGGGGUAAACAUGUAUCCCGAUGGCCGCAGCGAUGUUUGGACCGUUGGCGUUUCACGUUUCAGGGUCAAGAGAUGGGGCAUCCGAGAUGAGUAUAUCGUGGCGGACGUGGAACGUGUGGACGACAUCCCGAUCAUCGAGGAGGAGGCCAUCGAAGCGCUGGAGACGGCUCUCUGCCUGUCCGGUGCUCAGGAAGCGCAGGUCCCCUGGAUGGGUUUGCCCACGCAGACCCUGUUGCAUAUUGGCCACCAAUUUGUCGACCAGAUGCAGGCGAUAUCGGCUCCAUGGCUCCACGAAAACAAUAUUCUGGCCUUUGGACAACGCCCGGAUGAUCCGGCUCUUUUUCCGUAUUGGCUCGCGAGCAUUUUGCCGGUGACGGAAGCGGAGAAAUACCGUCUGCUGUGCUCCACGAGCGUUAGAGAGCGACUGCAAAUUGUGGUAGGCUGGAUCAAGAAGAUCGAAACUCAUCGCUGGUAA